CUAGCUCUAGCCAAUCCUCUCUCUCUCUCUCUCUCUCUCUAGGGCUCUUGUACAAUACUAGGAGAUUUGUACCCAUUGAUUCUUUGAGGGUGGUGGUCUUCGUUGUUUUUUGAUAGAAGGCCUUCCUCCUUGUUAAUUUUAGAUAAUUAGAGGAGCAUAACCAAAGGUUUAUUAAUAAGGAGGAAAAUGGCACCAAUGACCCUGCCUCCUGGUUUUCGAUUUCAUCCUACCGAUGAGGAGCUCGUCGCUUAUUAUCUCAAGCGGAAGAUCAACGGCAAAAAGAUCGAGCUUGAGAUCAUCUCUGAAGUUGAUCUUUACAAAUGUGAGCCAUGGGAUUUACCAGAGAAAUCAUUCCUACCUAGCAAAGAUCUCGAGUGGUACUUCUUCAGCCCUAGGGAUCGAAAAUACCCAAACGGGUCAAGAACGAAUCGAGCAACUCAAGCGGGGUACUGGAAAGCCACAGGGAAAGACAGGAAGGUUAGCUCUCAGCGACGAUCCGUGGGCAUGAAGAAAACCCUAGUUUACUAUAGAGGGCGCGCACCGCACGGGUCGAGAACCGACUGGGUCAUGCACGAGUAUAGGCUUGACGAAAAGGAGUGUGAAUCUGCCAACGGUUUGCAGGAUGCUUAUGCAUUGUGUCGCGUCUUUAAAAAGACUGCACCGGGUCCUAAGAUUAUCGAACAUUAUGGAGCUCCCUAUCAAUUGCAACAACAGUGGAAAGCUAAUGAUCAUUCAUCAACUGUUGAGCUCUCUUCUGAAGGAAUAGGAGAUGACCUGGAGAGCUGUGGAUAUACAUUUCAGUCUGAAUUUUGCUCUUCAGGAGUUGCUCAGAGACCCUCUCACAAUGAAGCCACAGAUGCGGAUGGCAAAUGGAUGCAGUUUUUAGAAGAGGAGGCGUUUAUCGCGACGAAUAAUAUUCCACCGUUUCAUAAUCCUUCGAGUUUCUCAUAUGUGCCCUCAAGGGUCGAUGUAGCAUUGGAAUGUGCAAGGCUUCAGCAUAGAUUCACUAUGCCUCCGCUCGAGAUAGAGGACUUCUCACAUAUCAAUCAAACCGACUCAAAACUCUUACAUUCUGAAUUCACUCAACAAAACAGUAAUGAAGUAGAUAUCUUGCAAGAGAUACUUUCAGUAGCUUCAGCCUCUAAUGGACUAGCCAAUAACUCCACAUAUCAAUUUGAAGGGUAUGCUUCCCUAAUAGAACCGAGAAACGAGGGCCAUUGGUUUCACGAGAUGGAUGGCUUAGAUUCGUCAAGGUCUAUGAUCAUGCCUUGUGGGAGUGGAGAGCCGAUGAGUUUGGUUGAGAUCAGUGACUUGGAGGAGGAAUUUAAGGAAGAUAAGAAGAAGGCUGAGAAUUUAAGGGGUGUGAAAACUUUGGAUACCGAUAUCUUGGAGAUAAGCUUAGAUGGAGAGCAUAAUAUAACAAUGAAUAACACCCCAAAUCAUCAAAUAAAGGCACCCGAUAUCGAUCAAGAAGCAACUGAUCACGACAACAGCUUCGCUGACGAAGACAAAUACACUGCGCCCAUCUACUCUCAACCUCAAGAAGAUGAGCUCUCUCUAGGUUUUAUCGACAUACGCCAACAUGAACCAAGCUUUGAUGUUUAUGAGAAGGUUGAGUUCAAUCAUGGAUUAUUUGUAUCAAACAAUGGAGUUAUAGCAAAAACAUUAUUUCAUCAUGUUGAGCCAUCAAAGAAGAUCAGCAUUCAUUUGAAUCCAAUGAUGGCUCAAGGAACUUUGGUUGAAGGAUGGGAAGUUAGAGAUGGGGUUUCUGUAUUUGGCAAGUUGAGAGGUUUUAUCAAGGACAGGCUCAUGGGGAUGAAGAAAUAUUUGACAGUGAAUUUGUUGCUUCCUUUGAUCCCAAUUGUGUUAGCUUCAUGGAUGACAAAUUGAUGAAGAAGAUGAUGAAGUUACAAUAAAUGAAAAUGGGUGAUAACAAUUGGUUCCUUAUAAUUAGAUGGAAAUGGUUUUUCUCUUUCAAAUAUGUUUUAACUUAUAACAUGUAUAUUGUAUAAUGUAGAAGUAUACUAGCAUAUGUUAAACUUGAAACAUGUAUAUCCAAGAAAUUAAGAUGAUUGUA